GAUUACAUGUCAUUUCAUUUCGUUUCUCUUGUUUUGCUAAUUAUUAUUUACGUUUUAUCAUCAUUGAAAUUGUGUGCUUGCUUUGGAAUCCUGAAUCAAAUAGAAAGAAAAUGGCCGACUACUGGGUGUCGAAUGAUCGCAAAUUUUGCGAUUUCUGCAAAUGUUGGAUAGCUGAUAAUAAGCCGAGCAUAUCUUUUCAUGAGGGAGGCAAGCGUCACAAGGCUAAUGUGGCUAAGCGUAUUUCGGAGCUUGGAAAACAAAGUGUCAAAGAUGAAAGAGCUAAACAGAAGGUUGACCAGCAGAUUCGUCAAAUGGAAGACGCUGCAAUGAGAGCGUACGCUUCUGAUAUAAGCCGCGGCGCUGAUAUGACAUCGCAGGCCAUAAGAGCAUUUACAGCUCUACAGGAGUCUGCUGCUGAGACUACAGUUAAAACUCACAGUCAAACACCAGGCCCGUCAUCAUUGCCAACUAGAGCAAUUGAUCCUUUAAUGCCACCGAUCGAUGUUCUGGAAGAAGAAGAACAGGAGAAGAGAGAACGUAUGAAGAAAAGGGGAGACACAUGGGAAAAUGAAGCGGAACCUGUACAAUCUAUGUGGUGUGAGGCGAAAAGUGACGAAGGUCACACAUAUUACUGGAACGUAAAGAGUGGAGAUACAACAUGGAACGUGCCUAAGGAAGGUUAUAUGACACUGGAGGAGUACAAUCGCCUUAAUACAUUGGCAGAAGCUCAACAACAACUGAAAUUGCACAAGGAGUCAAUGUUUAUGAGGGGAAAUGCAGAUGAAAUUGUUGCCAAAUUUCACCGAGAAAAACUCAAGGAACGUCGUGCGAAACCGACACCAACCGAAAUCGCUAAAGUUGAAGAAGAGAAGGAACAGUACAAAACAUAUGAAGACCCCGACUGGUCAGCAAAACCAUUAGGCGCAUGGACGACUGUAAGUCAAACAGAACCGAAGCCCGUAGAUUUGCAAUUGCCGGAGCCGACACACAAUUACGUCUAUGUACCGGCUGCUCACGUUCAACCGGAGGCACCGAUUCGGAAAUUCAAAGAGAAAACAAUCAGCUCACUUCCAGUCGAUGACGAAACAGCGGACACGCCAAACACAUUUAAGAAACGAAAGACAGCAAUCAAACGUAAUGUUCGACAGAGAAUUGAUGAUGAAUAAAAUGGAAAAUUUACAAAGAAGAAACAGAA